AUGUAUAUUGUGAAACUUCCACAGUUUAUUGUCCUGGUGAGCUUGACGGUUGGACCUCAGCUGCCAUCUUGGCAGUCCUUGUUUUCCCAUGGUCUUACAUGUCAGGGAGGUUGUUUACCAUUUGCACCUUGGCCGCAACUAUUGGUUCACCUCCAGCGGUGGGCAGCGGUGCGGAUUGAGCCAUUGGUGGGAAAAGCAGCAGAGGCGUUGCUGCUGGUGGCUGCUGUUGAAGCGAGGCUGCUUCGCAUUGGCAGCGGAGCCUGCGGGCUGGCGCUGGAGGAGGGCUUCCAGAAGGAAAACUUGGCUGAGAAGGGCAAGUACCUGGGACAGCCUGGUGGAAGUGUGAGUGUGGAAGAGAAGACGAGCAACUUGUGGAGCUUGUUGCCGAGUUUCGACCCUAGUGUCGAUAGCGCCAAAGAGUAUGCGGACAAGGUGAAGUUUCUAUGGGGCAUAUGCCCUGUGAAGGACAGAAGUAUGUUGGCACCAAGGUUGGCUUUGCAGUGCAAAGGGACUGCAUGGAGUCAGGUGAGAGCCAUUGAUGCGUCGAAGUUGACAGACCCUGAGACUGGUUACAAGGUACUGUUGAAAGCUUUGGAGACCUGGGAGGAUGCCGAGGAACUUCAGACCUUUGACAAAUUUGAGAAGGCGUUUUACCGAGUAGUCCAAAAGACAGACGAGUCAGCAAUGUCGUUUGUCAACCGAAUCAAUGUUGCUUUCGAAGAAGUGGGCUCUGAAACAACCGUCCAACAAGUUCGAGCCUUCGUGAUGUUGAGACAGAGUGCCUUGACUGUUGAGGACAAGAAGCGUGUGGUCUCUAUGGCAGGCAACUAUGAUCCGUCGGCAGUGGAAAAGGCAAUGAGGUCCCUGUCGACCAAAGUGCUUGGGCAGACAGAUGCUGGACGCAAGAAGGUGUAUCCAGCCAACUUUGUGGAAGAGGAGUUGGAUGAAAUUCACUAUGCAGCUGAAGAAGAAUGUGAUGAAGAGCAAGCCUUAGCCAUGCUCAUCGAGGAAGGUGAUGAGACAGCACUUGCCAUACAAGAGUUCGAGGAUCAGGUGAUCCAUGUUUGUCAGGAUUCACCUGAACUGGCCAUGGCGUUCUCCACGUACCAGGAGGCACGACAGAAGCUUCGAGACAAAUUUCGCAGCCGAGGGUUUUGGCUCCUUCGUCAUGGGAAAGGGAAAGGCAAGAACAAGUCAAAGAAGGGCAAAGGCCCCAGAAAGUAUCAGAGUCUUGCAGAGCGCAUAGCAAGCUCUACCUGUCGCGCCUGUGGAGCACGAGGGGGUGGUGAACUUCUUGAUGAACUUCCUGGCCAUGAUCUUGCCAAUUGGCAGAACCAGAUCGGCUUCAAAGUCAGUCCGCUCUUUCUCAAGCUGACAGCCAUGACUCUUCCAAGUGCCUCGGGAACGCCAUUUCCGGGACUCCAGACAGAGAUGCUAGACGCGAUGCUGUCCGGAGAAGUGGAUGCCUCUCUGGCCUUCGAAGAUCGACAACUACCAGAGAUCAAAAGUCGUCGCCCUCCAGGUGUGAUGACCUUGAAGGAGUGGGGUCAGUUGAAGUUCCCGGAAGGGAAGUGGCGGCACAAGUCCUUCUUUCAGGCAUACCAGGAGGACCCAAAGUACGGCAAGUUCAUGAAGGAGCACAGGAAACUGGUGUCAGCUUGGACACUGAGUUUUCAGGCUUACGUGGAAGCCAUGGACAGGAUGCAGGAAGAUUGCUCGAAGGCCUUCUACCAGGAGUAUGCCAGACAGUGGGCCAAAGCCGAGAUGUCCAAGAUGUAUCCGAAGGCAGAGAUCGAGAAGAGUCAAGGACCAGAGUGGGAGCUGUUGACAGGAGGGGUGACAUCGCGUCCGAUGAGCACGAUGUCAUCACCAAGUCAGAAGCGCCCCAUGGAAGAAGAGCAGUCGCAGAUGGCGAUCGAGGUGCAGCAGAAAGAGGAGAUGAUCACUCGCAUGGCGAUCUUGCAGCGCGAGAUGGACAAGAUCAAGGCCGACUUGGAGGGUCAAGCUGCGCUUUGGAAAGUUUUGGAGGAAGAGCGACCGAGAGAAGUCUGGAUGGCACCAGAAUGCAAAUAUUGGGGCAACUUCAGUCGCAGAAACAUGGGCAGGUAUCACUGCAAACAGACACCAGCAGGUGACCACGGAUGUGCAGCCAGUGAAUAUUGGGAUGGCAUUUUUAAGAAAAUUGAAACCAUGGUUCCACGGGUAGGCAAACGUGUUUUGGAUGAUGAUGGGGUUUUAGCUCAGAUUCAGAAGGGGGCCCCAAACUUGAAGGUUCAGAGGGUUGAAGCCUGUAGGGGAACUGAGAGGUUGCGCCUUCCUGGAGCUGAUGCGGACCCAGAAACCAUCCCGUUGAGGAUGACCGUGGUCAAAGACCGCAUCACGGGUCAGUCAAUGGUACUUGGCCCAGCUGAGGAAUGGGCGGCUCUGCCAAAAAGGCAGCAAAUUCGAAAGGGUCAAUCUGCAAAGAUGAGCCUCACCAUUUUUGGAAGUUUUCCAAAGUCAGGGGAGCUUGAGACAAUGGGGUCUGAUAAGGAAGCAGGCAUGCGGAACCUCAUUUGGUUCAAGGAGCUCUGGAUUAUCAGUGCGACAGUUGUGCGGAAACAAAAGCUGGUCCAGACUCCACCCGUCCUGGCACAAUUCAUGAGGAACUCAGAUUUACAGAGAGCCCUCAAUGAUGGCAGUUUCAUUGAUGUAGAUGGGGAGGAUUUUCCUGACUGGGAAGCUGAAACAGAGGGAUAUGACCCAUCAAUUGGGGAGCCCGAAGGAGAGUUGUCAGUUCAGCCACCUGGGACACCUAAUGGGGAGUUGAGCAAUCAGUCUGAACCGCCUCAAGGAGUGGAACAGUCAGAGAAUGAACUCCCUGAUUACGUGCGUGUGCCGGUUCCAGAAAGUGUCAGUGAGUCCGAUGGUGAUGCCUCACAGGAGGGCGUCAAUCGUGAACCAACGGAUGACCUUCUGUUUGGAGAUGACAUCACCAUGUCUGCAGAUGAUAGGUGUUGCCAGUUCUGGGAGAUUGAAAUUCCUGUUGAAAACCAUGAAGAGCAUGCACUGUUUUGCGCUGGAUCAGCAGAUGAAAGUGUGUUGUUGGUGACUGGAGCAAAGAAGAAACGAGUUGAAGUCCGUUUGAGUGAUUUAAGCAGUGCUGACCAACAGCGCAUGGCGGUGGCCAAGCACAAAGAAAUAGGCGCCUGGCUCAAAUAUGGAACUGUGAGAAAAGCAUCCAAAGGAAAAAUUCCUGAGGAAGCAAUCAUGCGCUGCCGAUGGCUGCUCACCUGGAAAUCAGCCUCACCUGAGGAUCACCCCAAGGAUGUGAGUGAGGGUCGUAAGGCAAAGGCCCGGUUGAUUGUUGUUGGAUACGAGGAUCCUGGAGCAAAGGUUCACCCUGUGACUUUAAUGACAUUGCCGAUUGCCCCUGAACAAGUGACUUUCUGUGCCUUCUCCGAUGCCUCGUUCCUUUCAGGAAAAGAGAAAUAUGCCCAUCAGGGAGGUUUGAUUUUUGUCACGACUCCAGAGUUGCUGGAGAACAAGAGAUCAGUGGUAGCACCA